UGACAUCUGUUUGUGAAGCUUAUUGUCAUCACACGUUAAUAUUUGUUUGCACUCUCUAUUGAUUAGAGACAGUAAAUUGGUAUCAAUCUUAUUCAUUUUAGGGCAGAAAAUAGUUUAAUUUGUCGAAAAUAAUCAUGACGUCGACCAUGCCAGACGACAGGAACGAGGAACGCCGCCGUAGGGUCCUCUUAGGCCCAUUGCCUGCAGGCUUCCUUCGUACUGACGUUGCAAAUGAUGAUGCUGACCAUCAAACAGCUGUGGCACUCCAGCAGCAAUAUUGUGGUGUCAAUGGCCCGCAACAUGGCUACCCAGCGGUGACACCUAGGCUCAGCAUCACGAUAGCACAGGCUAAGCUAUCUAAAAACUAUGGUAUAACCCGCAUGGAUCCGUACGUGCGCGUGCGCGUCGGCCACUGCAUAUACGAGACGCACACCGACCCCAGCGGCGGCCGGACGCCGAGGUGGAACAAGGUAGUGCAUUGCUUGCUGCCUGUCGGCGUGACCACCAUCUACUUGGAGAUCUUCGACGAGUGCUCGUUCACGAUGGACGAGCUCAUCGCCUGGGCCCACAUCACUGUACCCAGCUCAGUUUUCCAUGGCGAGACAGUUGAUAACUGGUUCACGCUGAACGGCAAGCAAGGCGAUGGCAAAGAAGGCGCCAUCAACUUAGUUCUCAGCUAUUCUGUGGGCCCGGCGUCCGUGGCAGCGUUCCCGCCGAUGCUGGUGGUCCCGAGCACGGGCGUGGGCUACGCGGCCAUGCCCAUGUACGCCGCGCCGCCGCAGCCGCUGCCGCCGCAACAACCGCCGCCCAUCACCGCUGAACAACUGCAACAGAUCGAGGAGAUGUUCCCGAGCAUGGACAAGGAAGUGAUCAGGUCUGUUUUGGAGGCAAACGGCCGCAACAAAGACGCCACAAUCAACUCCCUACUGCAGAUGUCAGAAUAGACGUAAAUAACGUCAUGUUACAAUGCAGUACGUGUCAUGAUAGUAAAGUAACACAUUUAGAAACUAAUAAAACCUCUUUGAUAGGACCCCGGUUAUAUUCAAUAUUUUGAAAAAAUAAGGAAUUCAAUCCUUGUGUCGCGGGGGGUUUUACAAACAUACAAAUCACAUGCACAAUGACACCCAAACUCAGAACAAGCAUUCGAGGAUCAGACAAAUGCUUGUCCUACGCGUGGAUCGUGGCGGCGACACGUCGUGCUCAGUAGGCAGCUAAAUUAAAGUCGUUUUUAGGAAGUAAACUUAAAAAUAUGACCGUUACUCUGAUUAGACACCUUUAUAGGGUCCAUAACUAAAAUAUUAACAUUUCAUCACCAAAAGUGGAUGUUUAAAUAAACUUUAUUUAUCAUGACACGUGCUACUGAAUAAACUAUGCGAAAUAUGUAAAACUAUACUAUGGACUCUAUUUAAAUAUAUACAUUAUACAGGCAAGUAUAAAAACAUGUUUUGUCGAAACCCGGUGGAUAUCGAAAAAUAUUGAGUUUGAAUUUUUUAUUUUUUUAUUUACGGGGUUUUUUCUGUAUAGAAAAUGUCACCCCGAUGAUUUAUACAAAUAUUUAGGAAAUUAACACUUUAUAUAAUUACUGGCCUGCCCGCAAUUGAAACAUACUCCUAAAAAUGUGAAACAAAAUGUGAUAGCUGUUGAAAAUUUUGUAGGUGAAAAAAUGGCACCCUUAUACUACAGUAUAAUUUUAACAGGCAAUGUUUUUAUAUUGCCGCUAAAUACAAAAUCAUUAAAUCAAGUAACGUUAAAUAUGUUUGACUAUUUUUUUACGAUUCUGUCAUACAUUUGAAGUUUUUCUGUUUUUUUCUUGGAGGAACUCGUUUUCAUGAAUACUUACAAGCCUUCAAGUCCGGGUUUCGUCGAAACAUGUUGUAUUGUGUAACUACUCCACACACAGGCCUUUAAUUUGCAUUGCACCAAGAUAUACAAAAAAAUGUUAACACUGUCUCGUUUUACUAAAUGCGAUUAGAAAAGGAUGAGGCAUAAUCUGUCCUUCUCUUAAAGUAUUUAGUAGAAAGAGAACUUCAUAAUGUCAUUACAUACUAAAUGAUUAUAUAUAAAAGUAUAUCGGCCUUACUUUUGCAGUAAAUAUUUAUACAUUCUAUAAUAUUGUAAUAUGACAAUAUGUUUGUUUUUUAUUUUGCUCAAAAUUCAAAUUUAUUGAAUAUAAACAUCAACCUUUUUUUGUUGAAUGUUUUAUAAAACUAUGUUCUAUCUUUUCUCUCCUUACGAAAGCCUUAAAGGAACGAAAGAGAUAGAAUGAUGUUUGACAUGAACGACUAGUAAACGUUUAGUUUCUUUAUGAUUAUUCUCAUAUUUAGUUCAUAGUAUCUAGAUGAAUUAUAAUUGUGAUUUAAUGUUAUACUAGAAUUUUUAUCAUGUUAUAUUUAAUAUUAAGUAAUCAUCACUCGGCACCACAAAAACUAGAAAAAAGCAAAUUUACACUCGGAGGAGAAUGGGUAUAUGUAUAAGUAUAAAUGAAAUUGAUUAUAACAUAUUGUUUUAUAGGCUAAAAAUCACGCUUUUUAUUUUAAUCAUAAACAAAUGGAUUGAAACAGCAUCUACUUAAAAUACUAUUUAAACUAAAACAAAAUCGCCUAAAAUUGAAAGAGUCUCUUCUACUUAAAUAGGAAGGAUAAAAUAACUUCUUAAGUGUCAUUUUUACGACUCAACUACUGCCCAUUCUCCUCAGUAGAAAUUAAAUGUUAAUUAAUAAGAAUAAAUAUCUUUUAAAAUUACACAUAUUAUAAUAUUCAAGCUCAUAUUUUUGCGACAUUUCUUUCCAAUUUGCCCCAAAUUGUACGGUAUAAGCAAAUCAAAUUUCCUUCAUAUUUGAUUUAAAUAUUCCCAUUUUUGCAAUUAAAUAUAAAUAAUAACAUAGAUAAACUUAAACCCCAGAUGGUAUAUGAUAUUUAACUAAAAUAAGAAAACAGCUUUAAACAAUCCAAAUCUCGUAUUUUUGUUUAGUAAAAUCAUUUAUCAACAAUCCCAAUAAAAACGGCGCCAGAUACAAUUGAUCGCGAUCCGCGAUUAAGAUCCUUGAUCCGCUAUCCUGGCUAAAAGAAUACCGAAAUGGACGAUUGUAUGACGUACGGGGCGCAUCUAUUAGCCUGUUAAUCAUAAAAAUGAAUGUAUUGUCGCGAAAAUAUGACAGAAGUUAUCAAAUAAGAGAAAAUAUUGCCUGGCCUGGAACAUGCGAAAGCUUAUAAAUUUUGUGCCAAAUUAUUUGCCAUCGACGCGACAUGCUUGAAUAUAUUAAUUAAAUAUAUUAUUGUUGUAUUUAUUUGUAAUUUUAUAAUGUAUAAAAAUAAAUUAUUAACUACU